CUGUCGGAGGGAAAAGGGGCUGGGCUGAGAAGAGAGAGCGAGAGGGCGCAGGAGAGAGAGAGGAAAGGAGAGAGAGACACGGCAGGACAGCUGCCAGCAUUUCUCCGGCAGCAGGAGCAGGAUUGAGAGCCGGAACGGGAGCAGGAAUUCUCCCCAUUCCCCUGAAGCCCUCCUAGCCCAGGCUCCACACUGGUUCUCUCUCCCCCUCCUGGAUGUCUCUGACUGCUGCCGCCCCCUUAUCCCCACAACCAGAGGCACGGGGCACAGGGAAGGACACAGCCACCAGGACUCCCUGCUACAGCCACACGGCAGAGAUGUAACAGCAUGGAUGGGAGGGAGUAACAGAGGGAAGAAAUAAACACAAACCAGUUGGAUGAAGAGCGAGGAGAGAAGUGAAAGGGAAGAAAAAGGAGAAGGUAAAAAAGGAGAGGCUGAAAGAAGAGGGCAGAAAAGGAGAGGCUGAAAGAGAAGAGGGCAGAAAAGGAGAGGCUGAAAGAGAAGAGGGCAGAAAAGGAGAGGCUAAAAGAGAAGAGGGCAGAAAAGGAGAGGCUAAAAGAGAAGAGGGCAGAAAAGGAGAGGCUAAAAGAGAAGAGGACAGAAAAUGAGAGAGUGAAUUAGAGAGAGAUAGGAGUAAGAACAUCUUGCCAAAGUGCUGGAGAAUCUGCUUCUAUUGGAGGUACUGGAUCUCUGAACUGAGACUGAACUUUGGAGAGGCGUGGACACAGAACACAGACGUGGACACAGAACAGGUGUUUGUUUCACUGGAAUAUGUACAGAGUACAGAGAGGUGCUUUUCUCCCCUCUGAUCUCUUCUUCUCUGCCUUCUCCUCUCGCUUCAACCUGAACACCUGUCUGGACCCCCUGGACCUCCUCACUGGGACCUCUUUACUAUCCACCCCCCCCCCCCCCCCUCCUAGUCAGCUAGGAUGACGUUGGUGCCCACCCCGUCCCCUUUGCUCCUUACAAACCGUUGUGAAAUCAAGUGGAACCCUCGAUAAUUGUGAUCAGAGUAAAAAGGACCCCCCUUGCCCCAGCAAGGGAUCGGCCCCGCCUCUUUCUGCUUCUCUCAUGCUAAAGUAAUGGAGAACCUUGGAAAUGGAGACAUGGACCCUAAAGUUGAGCUUGAACACUUUUGCGCUCUUUGACUAUGACAACUAACUAGAUAAUGGAUUGGAAAGAGCUGGCAGCUCAGAAGCUGAACCUCUCGUCCAAGCGGAAGAAGCACCAGUCUCCCUCCCUGCUGCAUUCCGGAGCCCAGCAGCCCUCCAUCUACCCCACCAACUUCAGUGGCACCCUGCAGCUCUCACCGCCCCCCGCCCCACCAUGCCUGCUUCACGCUGUCUCAAAGGUCAAGGAGAACCCCGGGAUGGGAAAGGUGAAAGUGAUGAUGCGUAUCUGCCCCUCCCUGGAGGCUCCUGAUUCGUCCGAGUCCAUGUCCUUCCUGAAGGUGGACCCCAGGAAGAAGCAGUUGACCCUUUACGACCCCUCAGUCAACGACCACACCAAUUCAGGGCACAGGAGAGCCACCGUGGCCAUCCCAAAGAUCUUCGCUUUCGACGCAGUGUUUACCCAAGAUGCCUCUCAAGCGGAGGUGUGCUCAGGGACGGUGUCUGAGGUCAUCCAGUCCGUGGUGAAUGGUGCGGACGGCUGCAUCUUCUGCUUCGGCCACGUCAGGCUCGGCAAGACGUUCACCAUGAUUGGCAAAGACGGCUCCACCCAGAGCCUGGGCAUUGUGCCCUGCGCCAUCUCCUGGCUCUUCAAGCUCAUCAAUGAGCGCAAGGAAAAGACGGGCACGCGUUUCUCUGUCCGCGUGUCUGCCGUAGAGAUCUGUGGGAAGGAGGAGGCUCUGAAGGACCUCCUGUCUGAGGUGUCCAUAGGAAGCCUGCAGGAUGGACAGUCCCCAGGGGUCUACCUGCGUGAGGACCCCAUCUGUGGCACUCAACUCCAGAACCAGAGCGAGCUCCGCGCCCCCACAGCAGAGAAGGCAGCCUUCUUCCUGGAUGCAGCCAUCGCAGCACGCAGCACCAGCAGGCCAGACACAGAUGAAGAGGAGAGACGCAACUCUCAUAUGCUGUUCACACUGCACAUCUACCAGUACCGCAUGGAGAAGAGCGGCAAGGGAGGCAUGUCGGGCGGACGGAGCAGGCUGCACCUUAUAGACCUGGGGAGCUGUGAGAAGGUGCUAAGUAAGAGCAGAGACGGAGGGGGAGGCCUGUGUCUGUCUCUCACCGCGCUGGGCAAUGUUAUCAUGGCUUUAGCCAAUGGAGCCAAGCAUGUACCUUACAGGGACAGCAAACUGACGAUGCUGCUGAGAGAGUCGCUGGGGAACAUUAACUGCAGAACCACCAUGAUCGCCCACAUCUCUGACUCCUCUGCUAACUACGCCGAGUCCCUCACCACCAUCCAGCUGGCCUCACGCAUCCACCGCAUGAGGAAGAAGAAGUCCAAGUAUGCAUCCAGCUCCUCUGGAGGGGAGAGUUCCUGCGAGGAGGGGAGGAUCCGUCGGCCGCCCCACCUCAGACCCUUCCACCCCCGGACGGUAGCCCUGGACCCGGACUUGCCCUCCCUGCUCAGCGACCCAGACUACUCUUCCAGCAGCGAGCAAUCCUGCGACACCGUCAUCUACGUGGGUCCGGGCGGCGCCGCCAUCUCUGAUAGGGAGCUGAGUGACAACGAGGGCCCCCCUGCCUUCGUUCCAAUCAUCCCCUCUCUGAACAGGAAGCGUUCUGGGAAAGAGGGCCCCCUGGACAGAGACCACUUCUUCAUGUGCAACACGUUUGCUGAGCUGCAGGAACGCCUGGAAUGUAUUGACGGCAGCGAGGAGCCUACAGCGUUCGUUGGAGAGGGUAGGGCAAGUCAGGCUAGCCCACAGAUGGACAGCAAGGCAAAGGAAGGCCCUGGCUCAGCUUCCCUAAAGACUGUAACUAAAGCCUCCUUCUCCCAGGAGAAUAUCUCACCCAAACUUCCUCCUAAAUCUGUAGCCACUCCGCCAUCCAGCAGCCCCCAGGUAAGCCCCUCAAAGUCUAAACUGGAACAUUCCAGAGGGGUUUCAGAGAGCGUGUGCAGAACGAGUGCUGAUGGUGAGAAGGUGAUGAUGUCAGAGAGCCGGGCGAGCCCAAUCGAACAGGAUGUGGCCAUGGUGCCAACCUCUGAGCCAGUGGUGCGGGAGAAGGUCUACUUCAACAAGAAGCCCUUACCCAAGCCUGCUCCCCCUCCCCCACAGCAGAGAGACUCACGCAGAGGCAACGGAGAGGCAGAGGAGAGGUCCACCACUAGAAUGCCGCCCGUGGGAAUGAGCCAUCAGACUGGGAAACGGGGGGAGUCUGGGGACUCCCCUUUUAUUGGUAGAGCCCAGACCAGGGGACCAGUAGAAGUGUGCCAGCUACGCUCCACCCUGAGAGAGAGGUGCCUGGACAGGGACAUCCUCCGGGCUACGGUGACCCUGCAGCAGCCUGUAGAGCUGAACGGAGAGGAUGAGUUGGUGUUCACUGUGGUGGAGGAGCUGUCCAUCGGCAGCAUCAUAGACAACGGUCGGCCCUCCAGCAUCAUCAGCUUCAACAGCGACUGCUCCCUGCAGGCCCUGGCCUCCGGCUCCCGGCCCGUCAGCAUCAUCAGCAGCAUCAACGAUGAGUUUGACGCCUACACGUCAGCUGUGGGGAGUGCAGUCAACAUUGAGGUGCACACCCCCUUACAGGAUGACACAUUUGUGUGUGUGGGCAGCAGGGGCUCGUCCAUCAGCUCCUGGCUCAGUGAGGUCAGCGUCUGUACUCUGGAGAGUGAAGGGGCCCACUCGGCAGACGUCUUCCUCCCACAGACUAAGCACAUCGGCCCAGAAGGCACCUUGUAUCUGGAUUCCCUGGGUAUGUUUCACUGUGAAUCAUCCCCAAGGGACACCAAGAACUCCCUGAAUGACAGUGGCUUUAGCUUUUCUGAACUGGACAGUGACAGCGCAGCGUCUAGCAAACUGUCCCUGACAAAGUGCCCUCCGUCUCCCGACUUAACCAAAGGAUCCCUCAGAUUCCCAUUCAAAACAGCGAAAGUGAACUUUCUCAGUUCCUCUUCACAACCCUCCCAGGGCCCUUACAUAGUCCACUCCAGUCUUCCCAGGAAAAUUAAACCUACCUCAUCCAUCACCCAUAGUAACAGCAACAGCAGCAGUUAUGAACCACAGAGACAGGAAGUCAAGCAGGAGGACCCCUGGCAGCGCAUUGAUAACCACUAUGAACCUCAGCUACCAGUCCCCAGUGCCACUGCCACCAGCAAGCUCCCCAGAACCCCAGUGAGUGGCAUUCCCUGCCGAAAAGCUGGUGUUUUCAACAGCAACAGCGUACCUCUCCAGCCCAAGGUGCAGGGCUCUACCUCAGCCCAGAGGGUGGUGGACGGCUGUGAGAAGUCGCCCAGCAAGAAAGCAGGGUCCCCCAGCAAGAUGCCUCAGCUCAGACGAGGGGCCACCACCCUAGGCACCGUGCCUGUCAUCCACGCCUCCCCGGAGACCAAGGUCACCACCCAGGACAUCACAGCUACAACCAACAGUCUCAAGUUUUCCUCUCUGGGGAAAAAUGGGAAGACCAAUGGGCAGAAAGCCAGCAUGCUCCCCAAACCUGGUGGUAACUCACCUCCCCUCCCCCCAGUGCGCAAAUCCAGUCUGGAUCAGAAGAACAAGACCCUGCUGCACCAAAGUGCCUUAAAGUCUGCGUAUGGAGAAGUAGGGAGGCCCUUACUCACCAGGGGGACAGUGUCAGAGGAUGAGCUAGAGGUCCGCUGCAGAGGAGACUCCAACAGCCUCAAAACAUCCAGCCUCAAGGGUGACUACACCUCGGCUAAAGCCACAUCCAGCCUGAAGGCCAGAGGGGAUGCUGGAAAGAAGCAUUACGGCAGUCAGACGUCUCUGGAGAGAUGUGACAGCAUGUCCAUGGUGGGCUCCAAACCCACCCUCAGCCGAGAGAACAGUGGGGCCAGCCUGGGCAGCAGCAUAUCCAGCAGGCCAAUUCCCAGAUUUGGUUUACCCAUCUCAAGCAGCUCUGCCAUUGCUACCUCCCCACCUUCCCCAUGUUGCACCACAGGUGCUCUAGGUAAACCUGGGCAGGUCAAAGGUAGUGUUAACCCCAGAGUGGUAGGAGCGGUCAAUGGAAGUAAGGCCCGUUUGUUGUCAGCGAGCAACUCUAAAGGCCUGAGCUCCUCCACCAAGUCCCUGGCAGCUCCAGCCACCAGGAACCUAAAUGCCAACCUCCCCCCAACUGGUAAGACCUCUGCCCCUCGGGCCACCGCAGCCGUCAACAGCAAGCCUGGCCGGGGCACCAUCAUGGGCACCAGGCAGGCCAUGCGAGCAGCCAACAGCCGGGUCAGUGAGCUGGCAUCAGGCAGCACAUCAGGCAAACACCUGAGGGGCUCAGGGGACUCUGAUAGUGGUAAUGAUAGUGGGGUGAACCUGAGUGAUGACAAGUCCCCUGUGGCCAUGCUGCCCUCACCCUACAGUAAGAUCACAGCCCCCAGGAGACCGCAGCGCUACAGCAGUGGACACGGCAGUGACAACAGCAGUGUUCUGAGUGGAGAGUUGCCCCCAGCCAUGGGCCGAACAGCCCUCUUCUACCACAGCGGGGGCAGCAGUGGUUAUGAGAGCAUGAUCCGUGACAGCGAGGCCACAGGCAGUGCAUCUUCUGCACACGACUCCAUGAGCGAGAGUGGCAUGUCUUCCUCAGGCCGCCCCAGGACCUCAAAGUCCCCGAAGAAACGCAAUGGGCUCCAGCGACGGCGGCUCAUCCCGGCCCCCCUGCCAGACACCUCAUCCCUGGGGAAGAAGACUGGCACAGCUGGCCAGUGGGUGGAUCUGCCGCCCAUGUCAGGAGCACUAAAGGAGCCCUUUGAGAUUAAGGUGUAUGAGAUUGAUGAUGUGGAACGGCUCCAGAGGAGGCGUCAGGAGGACUCAGCCGAGCCAUUCCUAGAUGUUGAGAAGGGGCUGCUGUACUUCAACAGUAAGCUGAAGGUUCUGGAGCGGCGGCAUCAGCAGAUCAGGGAGCUGAAGGUCAAACACGAGACACUGAAGGAAGAGCUAGAGGACACCAAGACCCGGUUGAUGAUGGACCCUUGCAAGUGGAUAGGAGAGUUUGAGGUGGACCAGGAUUUGAACAAGGAGUCCCAGGAGUACCUGGAGGCCCUGAGUCAGGUCACAGAGGAGCUGGAUUUCUGUGUCAACAUAUGCAAGUCACGUGUCAUGAUGGUGACAUGCUUCGACAUCAGUGUGGCAUCACCGCCUGACACUCAAGAGGGACUUCGAGAAGUGGAAGUCUGAGAAGGUGCGAAAUGAGAGAUGGAGAAUCCAGAAAGUGAGAAAGGAAUGAUGAUGAAAUGUAGCAGCCAGUUCAUAUUGCUGGAAUGAAGUGACAAGAGAAACUAAAAGACAAAAGAUGAGACAAACAGGACAAGGGUCUUUGCAUGAAGACAGAGGAGAUCUGAACCGACUUAUCUACAGUGCCUCGUUGUUCUGGACAUGUUCUUGUUGGAAUGGGAGAGAAACGUGUGCACAGACAACAAUGGUGUCUGUGUUUCCUGCAUGAUGAGAGAGAGGCCAUCAUUUACCCAAGAGUCAUUCAACGACAACCAGAAGUGCCUUUUUCACUCAACUUAUUUUGAGUCAUAAUUUUUUGUAUGGUGCUAGUAUCAUAACCAGCAUACCUAAGCAAACCCUGAACAUAUUCCUUUUAAGAAAUAAUAAUUUUAUAUUGCAUUGUAUAGUGUAUUUAUAUGAUUAUGUGUGUAAAAAUAUAAUUUGUAGGUAAAAAAAAUGUAAGAAGAAAAAGGAAGAGCAAUAAGCUAAUGUUAUUGCGUUCCCAAACUUUGCCUUUUCUCAUGUUUCAAACCAACCUCAGUCAGCAUUUUGCCCAUUUAUCCAGCCUCUUUGCGCCUUAUGUUAUCUUUCUUGUUCUGUAGUUUUUCUACCUUUUUAAACCAGAUCUGUGUUAUCUUGUCAAGGACUUGGUUUGCUGUUAUCACUCAACCACUGCCAGCGGGGCUGUGAAAGCUAGCAGGGUUGAGUAAAUGUUUCCUCCCUCCAGUUGCCUUGAUCCCAAAGGGCCCCGGUGGAGGUGCUGAGGUGGGUGAUGGUGGAGGUGUAGAAAAGGGGAGAGGAAAGUAUGUGGAGCUGAGCUAUGUUUGCCCCUUGUUUAUUUAAUAGAAAAUUUGGCAAUGGCAGAACAUAUCAUACACCAUACAGGGCCUGCUCCCAACAGGCUGUGUACACCAUGAUUCAUGGGUGUGACAGAAAGCUCUCUCUGGUGCUCUGUGUUAGGGGUGUCCAGAGUCCAGUGCGCACUGACAAGGCAUAGUGGUGCUUGUCAGUGCGUACAUUUUUAUCCCUAGAUGAGCCUCAACUGGGUUCUACUGACACAAACAAAAGGGCAUAGAUGAGAUGCCACAAGCAAAGGUAAUUAUACGGCUCGUGUUGUACUCUUUUUACUGGUGCCAAGCCUUGGUUCUAUGCAUUCCAACAUUCUCACUCCCACUAUAAGAACCUCAUACACUAUAUAUACAAAAGUAUGUGGACACUCCUUCAGAUUAGUGGAUUCGGCUAUUUCAGCUACACCUGUGGUAUAUAAAAGUGAGCACACAGUCAUGCAAUGUGCAUAGACAAACAUUGGCAGUAGAAUGGCCUUACUGAAGAGCUCAGUGACUUUCAACGUGGCACCGUCAUAGGAUGCCACCUUUUAAACAAGUCAGUUAGUCAAAUUUCUGCCCUGCUAGAGCUGCCCCGGUUAACUGUAAGUGCUGUUAUUGUGAAGUGGAAAUGUCUAGAAGCAACAAUAGCCCAGCCGCGAAGUGGUAGGCCACACAAGCUCACAGAACGGGACCACCGAGUGCUGAAGUGUGUAAAAAUCCUCUGUCCUCGGUUGCAACACUCACUACCGAGUUCCAAACUACCUCUGGAAGCAAUGUCAGCGCAAGAACUGUUCGUCUGGAACUUCAUGAAACAGGUUUUCAUUGGCCGAGCAGCCGCACACAAGCCAAAGAUCACCAUGGGCAAUCCCAAGCGUCAGCUGGAGUGGUGUAAAGCUUGCUGCCAUUGGACUCUGUAGCAGUGGAAACGCGUUCUCUGGCGUGAUGAAUCACGCAUCACAAUCUUGCAGUCCGACUGAUGUUUUGGGUUUGGCGGAUGCCAGGAGAACGCUACCUGCCCGAAUGCAAGGUGCCAACUGUAAAGUUUGGUAGAGUAGGAAUAAUGGUCUAGGGCCUUUUUUCAUAGUUCGGCCUAUGCGCCUUAGUUACAGUGAAGGGAAAUCUUAACGCUACAGUAUACAAUGACAUUCUAAACAAUUCUGUGCUUCCAACUUUGUGGCAACAGUUUGGGGAAGACCCUUUCCUGUUUCAGCAUGAAACCCCAUCGAACACUUUUGGAAUGAAUUGGAACGUCAACUGGGACCCAGGCCGAAUCGCCCAACCACAGUGCUCAACCUCACUAAUGCUCUUGAGAAUGAAUGGAAGCAAGUCCCCACAACAAUUUUCCAACAUCUAGUGGAAAGCCUUCUCAGAAGAGUGGAGGCUGUUAUGGCAGCAAAGGGGUGGGGGCAACUCCAUAUUAAUCAUCAUGAUUUUAGAAUAAAAUAUUCGACAAGCAGCUGUCCACAUACUUUUGGUCAUGUAGUGUAGAUCAACAGCACUGACAGUUUGCAAUGACUCAGAACCCUCCCUUAGAUCUGCUUCAAAGCUACAUAUAUAUAACACUUCUCUCCAACAUUCUAUUUUCUUUGCUAAUUUAACCUGAUGUCUCAAUCAAAGACUAGGAUAGGCUUCAAGAGUAAUGUCCUAACUAAAGGCCAUGAGAAACCACAGUUUAUACAUGCAAUGAAGCAACUUCAGAUGUUGAUGUUGUAUGGCAAAUAAAAUCAAUCAACCAAUUGUAUGUAGUGGCCAGAAUGUGUGUGUCUGAAUUACUUCUCUUUAAACGGUGAGGACAAAGAUGAUUGACUGGUUUUAGUUAUCUACUAAGAAACUAGCUUUUGUUGUAUUUUGGUGUUUGAUUUAUAACUAAAAUAUUAAUUUGUUUUCUUUCAAAGAUACUCUCAGGCCCUUUCUGAAGAUGCUGCAUGAGAUUUUUAUUGAUUUCUAAGAAUGAUUUCUAUUCCAUUUUUACCAUUUUGAUUUUUAUAAUAUAGCCUCUGCUCUCCCUAAUGUGGGGUUUGUUUCAUGAAUUAAAUUACUAUUACCAAACCGAAACAUUUCAAGAAAGUUUACGUAUGUCAUAUUUCAUAUAAAAACCCAUAUUUUCUAAUGUCCUUGGUUUUGUAUAGGAUUUUCUGACCUUGUGUAUAAAUGUAUGAUAUGGCAGCUCGUGUUGAGUUUUAUCUGUGAAUAAAUUAGGUUUCUUCUUAUUGCUGACAUUGUGAA